AUGGAAUACCCAUCAUUAAACAUAUUGAAGUCUUUUACGACACCAAGAUUCAUUGUUGAAGUCAUUCUUAUGUGUAAAUCAAAAUAUAUUUUUUCCAAUCUUACAGUAUCACAAAAUAUGAAGCUUAUUGAAGAAGUUUGUGAAAUAUUAUCCGAUAUGAAGCAAUAUGAGUACAUUAGAAACAUAGUUAGCGCAUUAAAUUACAAACAUUAUUUUAAUCGCGAAACAAUGCUUCUCAAAUAUGUUUAUUUAUCACCAGGAAUAUCAGAAGUCGGGUUAUCUGAUCAAGAAGAACUACAACGAACCAGUUUUAUUCAAAAUUGCUUAAGAAACAGUUAUUCUACAUUUGUUGAUCCUUCAUUAAUCUUCAAACUCUUCUGUUUCGUCAGAGACAGCCCUAGAAUCUCUGAUAAGAAAAAUCUGAUUGAUACUUUGCUCAAAAUUAAAAAUUUUGACACAAAAUUGACAGUUGAACAAAAAGUGGAAAUUUUUGAAACGAAACAAUCAUCAGAAUUAUUUGAAUCGAUCGUUUGUAUGCAAGUACCAGUAGAUCUUCGUCUCAGGCUGUUGAAAACUCUGAAUAAUCCUUAUUUUUCAAUUAAUUCUGAAAUUUUUUAUGAUCUUUUCUUUUCCAGCAUUGAAGUUGUCGAAAAAAUAACAUGUGUUAAUGUUUUAGGUAUAUUAAUGAAUACCAGGUCCGGUCAAUAUUGUCAGGAGUUAUUAUUUGCUUUGUAUAAUCUGAAUUUUAUCAAAAAAAUUGAUAAAAUUAAACGACUAGAUUAUGAUGAUUUAGUUGGACAAAUUAUAUUGUCAAAGAGGUUUUCUAUUGAAACAACAACUGAUGAGAUGAUUAACUACAUAUUAUAUUACUCUUUGAUAAGUAUUCCUCUUUCAGAAAGAACUUUGACAUCUGAGAAAUACACAGAUUUAGUUUUGAAACUUUCAAAAGUGAAUUCGAAAGAUUACACGAGAAUUUUCCGGAAUCCUUUGUAUCAGAAUUUACCUGACUGGCCUAAGAUUAUUUCUAGAGAUAUUUCUCUUCUUGACAAACUAACAAUCAAUGAAAAAUGCUGUAAGUAUUUGAUUGAAAACAAAAAAUUGGAUUUGAUUCAAUCAAAAACUUUUAUAAUUUCAAAAUUUGCUUUCAAAGAUUUGGAAAAUUAUUUCUUUGAUAAGUCGAAUUACUUCGAAUUCCAUCAGUUCACAGAAUCCGAAAUUGAACCAGCGCUGUCUUUCUUGGAAAUUACUCCAAAAGUGACAAAUUCUGCAUUGAAAAAUUUGACAUUGUCACGUUUUAUUCCAAUGGAAAUAUCAUGUUUUGAAUACAAGAAUAUAUCUGCUGUCCAACUCUCCAAAAUUGUUGAAAAUUAUUUGGAAAAUAAUGUCCAAAUUAAUAGGUAUUUGGCCGGCCAAAUAAUUUCAAAAGAAAUAUUUUUUGUUGGCAACAAAAAGUAUUAUUUCGAGAAAAUUGAUUUGUUCCCAUUCGCUCUUCAAUUAUUAUUGAAAUAUAUAAUGAAUCUACAAAUUAAUUUUGACAAAUCAAUUGAAAUUGAUCAAAUUCAUUUUUGUGCUUUUUGCCAAUCAAACAAAUCAAAUGGUUUUGUCAAAACGGUUUUGACAAAAUUCAAAAUUAAUAAUACUUCUUUAGUUAAUGGUUUAGGCAUUGCAAUCAACGACAACAAUGAAGAAUUAGUGAAAAUAUUGAUAGAAAACUUUGAUAUUCCGAAAAAUUGUUUUUGUGUUGAUGGAAAAACAAUUUUCCAUUUAUGUUUUGCGAAAGAUGACAAAGAAUUAAUUCAAUACGUUUCUGAUCAUGGAUUCAAACAAGGAUUUUCUGAUAAAGGAUAUAUACCAAAAAUGCUUAAUUUCUCAAUGGAAUCGAAUCCAAACAUCAAAUCUUUGCUUAAAUAUCCUUUUGUUCCUCUUUUCACGAACAUUCCAAAUAAUUCAGGAUAUCCAAGUAAUCAAAAAUUCUUGGUUGCUUAUGCAAGAACGAAAAACAAGUCAUUUAUUGAGCCAAUUUGGAAUUCUGCAAAAUAUCCAGUUCAAUUUCAUCUUUUUGUGUCACUUUUUUGCAAUGAUUUUUAUUAUUCAUUUUUUGAUUCUGAACUUAGUAAUGAAGACAAAGAAGAUUUGAUUGAUAUGCUCAGAACAUACCCUACUGAAUUCAUGAAUAAUUUAUUUGACAUAAUGAACAAAACUUCUGAAAAAUUGGAAUGUGAUUUUUACAUCGAACUUUUGUAUUUAGCAAUUUAUUUUGGAAACGUUGAUUUUGUUGAUGAUGUCUUAUAUAAGAUGGAUUUAGAUAGUUAUGAUUUGAGAAUGAUCUCUCCUAUUUGCGUUGCCGUGAAAUUCGACAGAUUUGCUAUUUUCAAAUUAAUGGUUUCGAAGAAAAAUGAAAUCCAAGAUGUCUAUUUUGCGCCUGAAGAUAAUUUCAAAUAUUCUAAGGAAGUGAAUUUAUUGGAAUAUGUCAUCAAAAACGAAAGAAAAGCAAUGUUUGACUUAUUGAUCGAAAAGAAAUUCAAUGUUAAUGCACAUGGAAGUUUUGAACCGUUUUUGGCUGCUUUUAACAUUUUUGAACAGAAUGGCGAGAAAUACUAUGUUCAAAAGCUUAUUCCUUUGUUAGAUAUCGAGUUCGAGAAGGUAAAGAACCCUUCUGUUGUUUCUCUCAUUGAAUUUUACAAAACUGGAGAAAAGAAAUUUGAUGGUGAUACAAAAUAUAUUUUAGAUCUCCUUGAUUCAAAAGUUCCAAAGGUAUUGAAAAACCAACGUUUCGUACCGAAAUGGCUAACAAAAAAAGUGACAGAAAACCUUAAAUUGCGCGGCAAUUUUAAUUAA